AUCAAAACCACAUCAGUUUUUCUGUUCUUUUGGGCGAUCCCAAGUUCACUUUCCUUCAGAUCAACGUGUGCUUGUCGAUGAACAGUCUGCCGUUGCUGUUAUAAAUAUGACUUUGAAAGUAACAUCAUAAGAACCUGCCGUCGCCGUUAAUUCGCAUUUCUUAACCUAUGGACAUAAACGGGUUUCUGCAUUGCGCCUCAGUAUGGAUUCUGUGGCAUGGAUUUCUCUGUGCUCCUUUGCUGAGUUUUUACUCGUCUGGCUCAGACGUGUCGGUGUUCUGUGAACACACCAACACUACGAUCUACUGGUUCAGACUGCAACACCCAGCGGAGCUCCCGGUGCCGCUACUACACACAUACGGACCAGGAGACAACUCGGUAUUCCGCAACCUUGGGACCUCAGACAGAUUCUCGGUGACACCGGACGGCACACUGGUCAUCGGAAACGCGACAGAGGAGGACAAGAACUCCUACUAUUACUGUGUGGAGAAAGACAAAAAGUGCGAGAUCAUCUUUAGAAACGUUACUAACCCUUCAAGGAAAAAUAAAACAGAAGUCAAAGAACAGACACACCUUGCAAAAGGAAAUGAAAAUGGGUCAUAUCAUGAAGGUGUGAAAUUUGUUCUUGCUGUUUCAUUAUUUUUCAAUCUCCUUUUCUUGGUAUUGAUAGGCUGCAUGACCAGAAAAAGACUGAAGUGCUGCGUGUCAAACAAAAGCGAUGCUCAGAACACGGAGAGAACACUGAAAAGUGAAGAUAUCACAUCAGUGUAUGCCGUAAUUAGUCACAAACCUAACUAGAACUGAGAAAUGGACAAACGUGACGUGUGUGAAUACAACAGCAGACAAAUAGGCUGGAGCUGCACCUCUAGAUAACUAAGUGAGGUUUGUGCUUUAACUCAAAGCCACGCUUUCUCCUGCAUUUAUCUAAAAGUGUCCCAUGUUAUCUUGUGUUUUGGCAUCAUCUUUCCUUUGUAACCAGCUGAACAGGAAACUCGCUCUGCAAUAAAAUGAAUUGACUUAAGUGUAAA